AUGCCAAUUGAAAUAGAGGAGAUAGAGGAAACAAUUAAAGACUUAAAGAGGGGAAAGGCUCCGGGGCCUGACGGAUUCACGGCGGGCUAUUAUAAAGAGAUGAAAUCAAUUUUGGUGAAUCCCCUGAAAGAGACUAUGAAUAAUAUCUUAAGUAAAGGAGAAAUUCCGGAGACCUGGAAAGAGGCAUUUAUCACGUUCAUCCCUAAACAAGAUGCAGAUUUAACUCAGGUGAAAAAUUACAGGCCAAUCUCGCUGCUAAAUACGGACUAUAAAAUCUUUGCAGGAAUUCUUGCGAGAAGACUGAAGUGUCUAUUAUCAGAGAUUAUCCACAAAGAUCAGGCCGGCUUCCUUCCAGGCAGGCACAUGAAGGACAACAUAAGAAAUAUAGUCAAUAUGUUAGAAUAUCUAUCUGUCAGGAUUGACAAACAAGUUAUAAUGAUGUUUGUGGAUGCAGAGAAAGCAUUCGACAACGUGAUAUGGGACUUCAUGUUGAAAAACUUGGAACAUAUGGAAGUAGGCAAAGAUUUUUAUAAUGGAGUUAAAGCAAUAUAUACAGAGCAGAAGGCCAAAUUGAUUAUAAAUAACAGUGUGACAGAAGAAAUAAAGGUACAGAAAGGAACAAGACAGGGAUGUCCACUCUCCCCGCUACUAUUUAUAAUGGUAUUAGAAAUCCUUCUAAAUUCAAUCAGGCAAAAUGGAAAAAUAAAAGGAGUGGAAGUUGGACAAAAUGUGUAUAAGACCAAAGCCUUUGCGGAUGACUUAGUAAUAAUGACGGAAGACCCAACAAUUACAAUGGCAGAAAUUCUAAAAGAAAUAGACCAGUUUGGGGAAGUGGCAGGUUUCAGAUUAAAUAAGAGGAAAACGAAAAUGAUAGUUAAAAAUAUGGACCAAAGCAUAAUAGAAACAAUUCAACACCAGUCGCAGAUAGGGGUGGUUAAAAAAGUGAAAUAUCUUGGAAUCUGGUUAACACCUAAAAACAUAGACUUAUUUAAAAACAACUAUGAACCGAUGUGGAGAGAAAUAAGAAAGGACCUGGAAAUGUGGGGAAGACUGAAAUUGUCGUUCUGGGGAAGGAUCAACACUAUCAAGAUGAAUGUAUUACCAAGACUAUUGUUCUUAUUCCAGACCAUUCCUAUAAUUAAGGGGAGCCGAACCUUCAAACAAUGGCAAAGGGUUUUAUCAAGAUUUAUCUGGCAGGGCAAAAGCCUAGGAUUCAGUUUAAACUGUUAA